CAUACAUACGCGCCUUUGUUAUUUACCCCUUCUGUAUAAUAUUUCAAUAAAAUGAUUGUUCAAAAUUAUUCAAACAUACAAGAUGGUGUACACGUGGUAAGCACCAGGAUGAAUAUGCUGGCAAACAUCCCGACACGUUACGCAUAAUGAGCAGCAAGGUAAAUGCUGGCUGCAAAACUGUUGUUGCACGAACUAAUAAAAAUAUAUUGGAAAAUAAGCAACAUUUGCCCACAUCUGAAACAUCUCAAGAAGGUCUUAUAUUAUAUGAUAAUUGUAAUACUUUAAUAGAAGUUUGCGUUAAAACUAAGGGUCGUAAACGUACAUCAACCAUGGUUAGCAGCAGUUCACCUAGUCAUAAAGGAAUAGAGGCAAAAAAACGACCUAGUAGUAGUGGUGAUUCUCACCAAAGCUGGGGUGGAAUGUUGAGGGAACAAAAUCGGGCAGCUCUAAAGCAAGGUUUGCAACAAUUAACCAAAAGAGCAUCAGGUUCAAAGUCAUCAAAAUGUGGAAGUGAAUCUAGAGAAACUAAAAAGCAUUCCUUAAAUCAUCAGAAGCAUGAACAUAAACACUUGGAUGAAAUUCCUGUAAAACAAUCAGUUUCUCAAAAGAGAAUUGAAGAUCAUAUGAAAUCCACACCAUGUACUACAGUUCCAUCAAGUACCUCUAUACCAAGUACUAUGCAAGCUAUAAUGGUUUGUGACAAAGGUGUGCAGUGUGGUGGAAUACUAGAUUAUUCUGAUGAGAAAUAUGGUGUAUUAAAUCCAGUUCGUACAUUAAACUUUCUGAUGACAGAAUUGAAACAUUUAGUAAAAGAUGAGAGAGCUAAUAAAAUUUUAAAUGAUAUGGAACAAAUACUCUUUAGAAUUCCAAUAGAACCAGGAAAACCAUUUCCUGUGGAUCCAGAAGCUAAGGCACUUUGUACAAAAUUAGAAGCUACUACAAUUCAGUUGGAGGAGACAAGUAGAAAAAUGAAUGCAAUGUGCGAAUCAUUACGCGAGGAAAGAGAUUCAUUGCAAAGGCAAGUUCAUAAACAAGUAUUACUGUUAAACGAAUCUCGCGAAAGACAGUUAGAUUUGGAGAGCACUAUGAAAACGUUGAAACAAGAACUAGAAGAAGCAAUAAAAAUAGCCCAAACUAGAGAUAAAACGAUAAGUGAAUUAAAAAAAGAGAUAAAGGGAUAUGAAUUUUCGCAAAAUGUCGUAGCAGAUUUGAGGAUUAAUCUAGCCGAACAAACGGAACUUGCAAGACAAAGGCAUUUAGAAGUGCAAUAUUUAACUCUUGAGAAAGACAAAUUUUUUGCCUUAUCUUCAUAUAAAGAUUCUUUAUUGAUCGAACUUCGUAAUGCUAUCAAAGAGUUGCAAAAUCACAUCGCGGAUCAAUUAAGUGGUUUAAAGAAUAUCUGUAUUCCCGCAGAAGAUGCCAAUCUACAUAUUUCAUUGGUUCACGGAGGUCUUGCAUGUUCAUCGCCUACAUCUAUGUCUUCACAAGAUUCUAAUGCACCUACUUCUUGGCACGAUAUGUCAGACGUUUCUUUGUCUACAGUGGAUCAUAAUCCGCCUAAAAAUGGGAAUGUACAAAGAUUUACACAAAAAACGAACAAAGCAUUAACUGUUUCGGAAAGUCAAAUGAAAAAUUCGGAUAAGAAACGAACGAAGAAUGUUAGGGAAUCACAGACUAAAGAUUCUGUCAAUUUAGAGUUUAUUAGCUUACCCGGAGGAGAAUCUUCUCACACACUUUUACCUUCUUACAAGGAUCUUGGUUAUACAGAAAUUAGCCAAUCUGUUAACAAGGGGAAGGAAGAUGUAGUAACAACGAUUGGUAAUGAGAAAAAUGAUGGUUUACGAAACUCUAAGAGUAUCGGUAAAGUAUCAUCGUCGGAACAUUCAAAUUUGUCUCCCGAGAAAGAAAUUCGUGUAAAAGAUCCACCUAAAUCUCAACAAUCUUUGGAGCUAAAUAAAAAACAAAGUUCCGGGAAAAAGUUGCAUUCAGCAGAGGAUGUUGCUAACACUUUAAAAAACAAUUUACCUCACAAUUUAAUAGGUUCUAGUAUAACGGAACAGUUUCAAAAUAUGUUCCAUGACAUUAGGGUUCAAAGUAGAAUGCCAGUUAAUGUACCAAGUCCACCAAGGAAUUAUCCCCAUCCUGAUUGGAGCGAUAGUACUUUACCUAGUAUUAGUACCGCUUCAGAAUUAAAUGUGAUACAAUUGAAUGACACUUAAGAUUAUAUUAACUUUUUCAGCAAAGUAAUAUCAAACAUCGUUACGCAAUUAAAUUAUUCUUUAUCUAAAAACAAAGUUUUAACAAACAUAUAAAUCGAAUUAUAUUUUUGUGACCUCGACAAUUUUACAGUAUAUUUUUAAAUAAUAAUUUACAAGAGAUACAUAUAGUAUAAACUGUAUCAAUUUUUGGCUCAAAAUGUAUUUUCCUACUAAUAUAUGGUGUGUGUAUAUAUAUAUAUAUGUAUGUGUUUAUUUUUUAUUUUGAUUUAUAAGUAAAAUUUGUACACAAUAAUAUAUAUAUAUAUGAUUUAAAAAAAUAUUGUUUAUAGGUACAAGUUACAUUAUUGAUUAAAAAAGAUGAUACAAGAGGUGUAAGAAGUUACAUGUAACAUAAAUGUUACAGUUAUAUUAAUUGUACAUAAGCGAAGGAAACCCUUCGGGGUAACACAUUGGUGUUAAUACCAAAGCACAUAGUGUGGUAUUGUUAUUUAUAUAAUGUGAAAUUAAAUUUGUAUUUUGUUUAUAAACAUGAUGAUGCAUUUCAUUGACAAUGCAUGAAAGAUAGCAUAAGACUGCACAUUUCUAAGAAAUUAUUGAUAAUUUAAUUGAUAUUUUGAUAAAUAAAAAGAGAUGCGUUCGCUUGUAACAAA